AUGCCAUCACACAUCGCGUGGCAGAUAUCACGUUAUCCCCCAUACAGUGGAAUAUUCAUAUCGUUGCUUCUCCUUCAUGUCUGUCCACAAAUGGAAAGUGAUGCAGCCGAAAAGUUGCCGGAGUAUUUUCCACAGGAAUUACUCCAGAAGGAAACAUUGCGAUACCUGGAGAAUAUAGAGGAGGCCAGUUUUAAUUAUUUGAAUCCCUUUACUGCGGAUAGCCGUUACGUUGGGAAAAAGGUGUGCCGAAGUGAAAUGACUUGGACAGAUGUGGCUUAUCCAUGGUCAGUGUUGUCCAAGAAACUGGAGCCCAAUUGCUCCCUCCUACAUGGAAAUCUUGUGCUGGCUGGAAUUACUAAUGAUGAUGACCUUUCAGUUCUGCAUCAGUUGGAAGAAGUCUCCGGCUACGUCAUUAUCCACGGCGUCAGUCGGACGGAACUCGUCGUCCCAGAACUGCGAAUAAUUCAUGGCUUGCAAUUCGUCACAGUGAGGACGCAACAUAUCGCGUUACUGGUAUCAAACAAUUACAUUCGAAACCACACACCAGCCGUGCAAAAGCGAAACAGAUCGUUACCACUCAACGGAACCAUGGAAACGGGCUGUGUCGGAGAUUGCUCUCAACAGUUGGAAUCAGCGCCUAGUUCCUACGCCUUUAUGAGGAUUUUGUCCAUGCCUCAGUUGAUUGCCAUUUUGCACAAUGGUGUCUAUUUUUUCGACAAUCCUGGAUUAUGCUACGGUCCGUACACCAUCAAAUGGGAUGAUUUACUGGAAACUGCGGAGUUGCAAUCGGUGCAUCUGUAUGCCUUGCAACCGGACAACGAUGUACAUAUGUGGUACGCGGCUUGUCAAUGUCAGUAUCUUCGGUUCUGUCCAUUUUCGAGUAUUCCCCUAGGCACUCAAACAUCACAUACUGCUACAGAGAAAUUGCAAGAUAUUAACUUGUCGGCUGCCGUAGAUGACAUACUGGAGAUAGAGCAAUCAACAGUGUAUCCGCACGAUCCGACUGCUAUGGGAAGCGAAUUACCGCUACCGUUUUCUCCUCCCGAUUUUGUCCAAUUAGACAAUAUGUCAAGAGAAAAGCGUGAUACAGUGACCAGCCGAAACUUUCCACAUGAUAUACCAAGAGGGAAACAUGAGCGAAAUGCCUACACUUCGCUAAACAUGGAUCCCGAUCUGACGAACUCCAUUAUGCAACUAAAGCUUCCUCCGCUCUCUUCCGCCGACCUUGACGCUGAUCUCAAAGAGGAAGUUCGACCUCAUGAAAGCAAAGUGGCUGAAUUGAGCACAACUGAGAUUUUGUAUGCAGCUGAUUCUUCGCCCAGUGCUUCGAUUAUCCCCUGGAGCUGGACGUCCCCCUCUAGGUUUCCAUCAAACGAAGGUACGGACAAUGCGGAGAUAAGGCACUCCACUGAAACGAACACAGGUGUGACAACGGCUACCGAAGAACACAUUUUGAUAUCAGAAAGGUCUAGUUAUUAUGCCAUGCCGAACGGAGCAUCGUCUGAAUCGACAGGUUCCCAAACUACCCAAUUAAAAUUCCAUGAUUCAGCCCCUUUUGCCGAAACCGAACUUCAAAUGCUACGCCUGCUUACCACGGAAACAUAUUCCACACACAGGACGGAUUCAAUCCAGCACACAACUUCCGAACAGGUACCAGAGCCCGAGCAGCGCGACAUUCCGUUUCUUCCCUGUCAUUCCACAUGCCCGUUAAUCCAGGGAAAGCGCUAUUGCUGGGGACCGAAAGCGGAUCAGUGUCAGAAGGUGUACAAAUGCCAAACAAAACUGUGUGACGGCUCGAACUGGUGUUUUCGUGCGCCACAAAAAUCUGCCAUUGGUCAACCACCUGAGGAACAGUGCUGUCACUCCGAAUGUGCUGCAGGAUGUAAUGGCCCACGAGCAGCCGACUGUCGGGCCUGCUUACGUUACUCCAACAAUGGGGUUUGCCUGUCCUCUUGUCCAUCUCCGGUCUACUACGAUAAGACGACUUUCUCAUGGAAGACGAAUCCACACGGUUUGGUAGCCUUCGGUUGGAAAUGUGUAAAAUCAUGUCCAGCGCCAUUUUUGCAAGAGUGGAACAUCUGCGUUCCGAAAUGCUCACAACCGGGGACGUAUGCUCGUGAUGGACACUGUGUCUCAUGUCCGGAUGGGGUCUGCCCCAAAGUAUGCACCAUGAAGAUGAUUGAGACCAACCCAGGCAUUGACUACCUACACAAGAGUUCUCUUAGGGCCAUGCGAAACUGUACCGUUUUCGAAGGAAACUUGAAACUUUCCAGACAGUCCUUCGUCGGCGACCCUUUCUACAACUUGACUGCAGCCGAGGAAGCAGUGCAGUGGAGUGACCUCGUAGCUGGUUUGUCAAUGCUCCGUGAACUCAGUGGGGUGCUGUACAUUGGCGCCGGCUCUAAUGCACCCUGGCUCACCAACCUGACCUUUCUGAGCAAUCUUCAGAUUAUCCGCGGCGUCAGUCCCAAUAUUCAACAAACGAGAGCGGUAAAUAUUAACUCAAACCAACACUUGGAAUUCCUUGGACUCGCUUCACUACAACGCAUCGGGCAUCCAAGUAUCCUGAUCACUGGAAAUCCGAAUCUAUGCUAUCUGGACACAAUUGAUUGGUCUCGUCUUAUGAGUCGAACGGACUCCCAAUCGACCGGACCUAUGACGACAAGCAGUAUCGGAAAACCUGACACAGAAGAAACGUUGGAUUCGAAACAAGCGAUGUUUCGAGCCUGGUUACAAAGGCAACGAAGUAACAUCAAUAAACGAAGGUCCCUUAAAAUGCCCGCGGUGUAUAUUUCAGAUAAUGGGCAUCCGCAAUUCUGUCGUGGCAAAAACGCACGGUGCGCUGAAGAAUGUACCGAAGAAGACGGCUGUUGGGGUCCAGGACCUUGGCUCUGUGGGUCAUGUCGUUCCUGGAUGAUUUCACAGCGGAACGGUUCUCGUCUUUGUGUUCGCUCAUGUGACACUAUUAGUGGGUAUUUCACACCCAUAGGCCAGGAAGACGGUUCCUCCAUGGACGAAAGAAUCCCGGCAGAGAACUCAAACACAUUUUUAUCUAGCCUAAAUGAAGGACAAACGAGGCCAGGAAGUAAUUUCGAUGAGUCUGUGACGUCAUCACGUGAAUGUGGCAAAUGCUCCCCAAUGUGUCGCCCGAUACCACAUGCCUGUCACGGACCAGGUUCGAAUCAUUGCAACGGACCAUGUCGGUGGGUGCAAGAUGGACCGUACUGCAGAAAAACAUGUCCACCGGAGAAGUACCUGGAUCCGGUUAGUGGGCUGUGUUUGGAUUGUGCAUCCACAUGCACCGCUCCGUUGACGGUGUCGACAAUCGGACAAUCCUCCAAUGAAGGUUUAGGAAUUAUCUCCGUCAGAAAUGCUGAGCAAGAAUGGUGUACCGGUCCGGGCACAUGGCCUGGGCACGGAGGCUGCAGCUUUUGCAGACAAGCACUUGCGCAUGUGGAUUCCAGUCCAGCGCAAGGAACACAACGCAUUGAAUGUGUUCAAGACUGUCCAAGUGGAAUGUUUGCGCAUGUCAUUAAUUUGCUCUAUCGUGGAGGAUCUAGUCAUUUCCAGCACUGGAAGUCAUUUCAUCGACUCACAGGUCAAGCUACCUUCCCCGCCUGGACGGCAAGUGACGCGGCACUGUUCAACCAAUUACCAUCUGCCAUUCAACUGGAUCUGGUCGACUGGUUGGUCAAUCACACUCAACCGCUGGUGUAUGGUCUGGCUCGAAUUUGUCUGCCAUGUCACAAAGAAUGUGCCAGACUGCCUCCCGCUACCGACGUGACGUGUACCGGCCCGGGCCCACAUCAAUGCACACGAUGCGCUCACGCCGUACAUCAGGGACGUUGCACCACACAGUGUCCAGAAGGCACUUAUGCUUCUGCAUCGAUGGAUAUCAACGCUAAAGAUGACUAUUCCUUGACAAGUGAAACCGAACUGGAAACAGCUGCUUUGGGGCAACCACAUGGGCAUCUGUACUGUCAUCCAUGUCACGUCCAAUGCCAAAGUGGAUGCACUGGGCCUUCAAACUCCGAGUGCCAUCGCUGUCGUCACGUGAAAAUUUACUUGAAUAGCAGAAAAACCCAGUGGAAUUGUACGGCAGUUUGCCCCUCGGUCUACAAUCAUCGGAUCUUCGACCAUCAGACAGGUGACGUCAUAUGCUCAACCGUUGGUAAACGUUUGUCACCAGCACUGAAGACUAUGAACCUGACACUUGGUGUAAACGCAACGAGCCAAAGUUUGUGGGAUCUGCUAGAAUCAAUCAACCUGUUCGACCGCUCGUUCCUAGCGUCUCCGAAUGGAGCCAGCACGUUAACAGCCUUGAUCGUGUUAACCGUCUUCCUGAUCGGCCUUGGUGGUCUCAUCUAUUGGGCGGCUAUACGACAAAUCCCGAAGGAACACCGUUGGAGCCUGGUUGACAAGGUACAUUCGGAACACCGUUCGAUAGUCACGCGGUUGAACGACGCUUGUGAGCGACUUUGGACUCGCGGUAGACCGCAACGUCUGAGCCCACCACGUAAACAUCCACCGAGGAGAAAACCAAUGCACAGGAAAACAUUUCAACCUCUGCUUUGUGCACACACUGACCAAUGCUUCGUAUGCACAGAUCAGGACGAUCAGAUUGGAGAACAGCCAGGCAAACCGAAUAUGGCCACUUUACGAAUCAUAACGGAGUCACAGCUUGUGCGUGGCCCUUUGAUUGGUUCCGGUGCAUUUGGAACUGUGUUCUGUGGGAUUUGGCGUCCCCAAAAUGGACUCUCCAGUGAAACACUGUCCCACACAUCGGUAGACCAGGUUGGAACCAAACGGAUGACCCUGCCGGUAACGUGGUCGGAUGGCACGGAGACAGCUAUGAACACCUCAUUCUUGUCAUACACCAAAUUGGACAAUGCCAAGGGUUUGUUUGCAACUAAAGAAGUGUCGAAAGAAUCGGGAGCAGAGUCAACGCAGGUGGAAAUCCCCGUGGCAAUUAAAGUUCUAUCCGAUGCCGGUGAUCCCCAAACGAAUAAAGAACUGCUCGAAGAGGCAAAGGUUAUGGCAACCGUGGAUCACCCAUGUUGCUUGCGAUUUCUUGCGUUGUGUCUGACUGCACGGAUGCAACUGAUUACACAAUUUAUGCCACUGGGUAGCCUGUUGGACUUCGUCAAGAGUAACGUUCAAAUCAUACAAGUUCACACUUUUGUGGCUUGGGCAGAGCAAAUCGCUAGUGGGAUGACAUAUUUGGCUUCCAGGGGGAUUAUUCAUCGGGAUUUGGCCGCCAGGAAUGUGCUUGUCGAAUCACUGGGACAGAUUCGUAUCACCGAUUUCGGACUGGCAAAGUGUCUCGAUUGCAUCGGAAGUGAAUAUCAUGCAAGCGGCGGCCGAAUGCCUAUCAAAUGGUUGGCAAUCGAAUGCAUACAAAACCGCGUUUUCUCUAGCAAGUCCGAUGUGUGGUCCUACGGAGUAACGCUGUGGGAGAUGUGCACAUUUGGAAAGCGCCCGUUCGAUGGAAUUCGGGCCAGGGACUUGUUGCAGUGUCUGGAGCGGGGAAUGCGUUUGAUGCAACCGGAAACGACAAGCUUGGAAUUCUAUGCGGUGUUGCUACGAUGUUGGGAAGCUGACCCAAACAAGCGACCAACGUUCGAUGAACUGCUCACAAUUUUGCAGAUAAUCAAAAGGAAACCGGAAAGAUACAUAUGUAUCACGGCCGGCAUGCGACAACGUCAUCAACAAAGCAGCCAAUUCACCUCAUCUGAAGCCCUAGAAUUCCUAUCAAAUACCCUCUCAAGCAACAGUCAACACACUCGUAGCGAUGAGGAAGUCACCGAACCGAAUUCGACGACCGACUCUACUGAGUACGCUCAAAUGCAAGCCGACUGGAUCAAGACGUUAUACGUGAACAGUCAAAUGACAACAUUCCCUCCAUGUAUACACAAAUUUCUCAGUAAUAAUUACAUAUAUCUGAAAGAUACCCAGCAAAUUGAUAGAAGCCAGCUGGCCAAUGAGAAGUCGUAUUGUCAGUUAACAUUCUCCUCAGGUAUGCCAUCUCAUGAAGCCGACAGGUCAACGCCAAGCGUGCUGCCCCCAAGACGAUGUUCCAAUAUUAGACCAGUUUUAACGACAUUUCGGAGAAGCGUCGCACCCCGAAUGGCAAGCUUUGCGGAAGAAACCAAGGAAAAGACAACAUCAGGCCAUCAGCAAAGCGCAACCUACCCGAAUGCUGUCUUACCGAACACUUCGAACAAGCUGAUGACAGACUGGCCACCGGUUUACCCUCGGAUUCAGGACACCACAACGAUGGAAGCGACGUGUGCUGUUCGGACACACGACGUAUUCGCUAACCAUGAGAACAAAUUAUGGGACGGAAACUCAAAUACGGCAUCCUCACACAAAGACAUACAUCAACCAACGGAAAAUCAGCAACUUCUGUCUCAAACCGAUCAGAAGCAGCUAUGGAAUGGGAAUCAACCACUGAAGAGGAAAUGGUCACCCUUUGUGGACUCAACCACUGCUCAACCUGAGGAAUACAUUGAACCGAUGGGCACGAUGCGAACGACAAAAAGCUGUAGAAUAGAAGAAGCGAAGCCGGUUUAA